UGUAAAAGUAAGGCUUUAACAGUUGGCAAUUUUAACUUAACAACUAAUCUUUAGUGAAUUCACGUUUAUAAAAAAUAGGCGGAAAAUAUAUAUUUAAAUUUAUUAUUAAAAUUAAUUAAUAUGUAAGUGUUGUUCAAUCAAAAAGAAUAUUUGUUGUAAUUUUUGUAGACCUAAUAAGAAUCUUAUAAGUGACCAUGUCUAAGAAAACAAAGGCGAUCUGUUUGAAUAACUUUAGUUCAACAGCUACAUUAGCCAAUAAUGAAGUAAGUGUACCUUUGGGUAGUCAGGAUACCUUAAAUGAAAAAGAUUAUGACCCUUACGAGCAUAGAAAUGUAUUACAUCCAAACACAUAUUUUGGGGCCUUAGUACACUUACUGAAAUGUUCUUUAGGAGCUGGAAUUUUGGCAAUCCCUCGAGCAUUUAAGGCUUCAGGACUAGCAGUUGGUGUUAUUGGAACCAUUUUCAUUGGUAUAUUAUGCACAUAUACAAUACAUAUUUUGAUGGUAGCCUCUUUAAAAAUGUGCAAAUUAACCAAAAAACCUGCUCUAGAUUUUUCUGAAACUAUAUUUGAAAUUGUUAAACAUGGGCCAAAGGGUUGUAGAAAAUAUGCCCGAUCAGCAAAAAUUUUUGUUGAAUCUGGUCUAUUGCUGUCCUAUUAUGUUGGAGGUAUUGGUUCAAUUUUUCCCCUGGAAAAAACAAUGAUAAAGCCCCAAUUUCUUGGUUGUUUUGGGGUAUUGAAUGUCACAAUGACUUUAAUUACCAUUAUGUAUUUGUGUAUGGGUUUUUUCGGUUAUUUGGCAUUUGGGGAAGUGACUGAAGCCACUAUCACCAAAAAUUUACCAGUUGAAGAAGUUGUUGCCCAGGUAGCAAAAUGGUGCAUCUCAUUGGCAGUAUUCUUCACCUUUAUGUUGAUGUUCUAUGUUCCCAUAGACAUAACUUGGAGGAAAAUAAGUGGCCACAUCAGUGAGAAACGACACAAUUUGAGCCAGUUUUCUCUGCGCACAGGAAUAGUGAUAUUUGCCACUUGCAUCGCCAUUUUCGCUGGCGAACAUCUGGGUCCUUUGAUAGAGUUAGUCGGAGCGAUAUUUUUAUCCACUUUGGGGCUCAUGGUGCCCGCCAUAAUGGAUACGCUUAUAAACUGGGACAACUUAGGGUGCUUCUAUUGGAAAUUCUGGAAGAAUUUGGUGAUAUCAAUUUUUGGGCUGUUUGGGGCUGUCGCUGGGAGUUACUAUGCCAUUUUAUCGAUGGUUAAUGAGGAGUCGUGAUACGUGGAUGUUUAUGAAUUAAUCUGUGAUAUUUUUAAAAUACAUUGUUUAUUAUAUUUUUUGACCUCUGAUCUAAAUACAUUACAUUAACAAAAAAAGCUGUAAUGUUUACUUGUUAAUUUUACUGGUUAUUGGUUUCGUUUUAACAGUUCUUUUGGUAAAUUUUGAGUGGUAUGAGAUUUCUUUUAUUUUGAGACUUUUAAUGGGGGUUUAAACCCCCCAAAAUAUAUUUAUGUACCU